UCCACGAGAAAGUGGCACAAUUGCGUGGAAAUCUACUUCGGAGACUUUGGGUUGGGGAAAUAGAAGCGGAGCGUCCGGGUUCAUUCAUACUUUCAUACGUCUACUCACCUUUAGCGGAUAAGGGGGAAGUGGACACAAAGAUAUUUUGUUCAAGCGUGAAAUGGAUUAAGUCCCAUCGAGGAAAGCUGGAGCACCACAGACGAACCAAGAGACGGAGAAGGGCUCGGAGGGAGUCGUUGAAUUUUCAACAUCAACGAGAAAGAGAUUAUACUCGGCCAAACCCCAAAAUGUCUCCAAAAGACAAGUCUAAGAAGAAACUUCCCAAAGACAGCAUGACAUUGCUGCCCUGCUUCUAUUUUGUGGAGCUUCCGAUAGUUGCAUCUUCCAUGAUCUCCCUUUACUUCUUGGAGCUGACAGACAUUUUGCAGCCAGCCAAAGUAGGGUACCGUUGCCAUGACCGCACACUGAGCAUGCCCUAUGUGGAAACGGGAGACGAGCUCAUUCCUCUGCUCAUGCUGCUCAGCCUGGCCUUUGCUGGCCCUGCAGCGUCUAUCAUGCUCGGAGAGGCCUUGAUGUACUGUAUGCAGUCCAAGCUGAAGAUUCACCCGGGUUCUGAAGGAAGUAUAAAUGCAGGAGGGUGCAAUUUCAACUCUUUUUUACGCAGGACAGUCCGUUUUGUGGGUGUACAUGUGUUUGGGCUGUGUGCCACUGCACUGGUUACUGACGUUAUCCAGCUGGCCACUGGCUAUCAUGCACCCUUCUUCUUAACCGUAUGCAAACCCAACUACACACUGCCUGGUGUGGCAUGUGAUAAAAACCCCUACAUAACCCAGGACAUCUGCUCAGGCCGGGACCAGUAUGCCAUUCUGUCAGCCAGGAAAACCUUCCCCUCCCAGCAUGCCACUUUGUCUGGCUUUGCAGCCGUCUACAUAUCCAUGUACUUCAACGCCACAAUCUCAGACAGCACCAAGCUGUUGAAGCCCAUGCUGGUGUUUGCAUUCGCCAUAGCUGCAGCCCUGGCCAGCUUGACCCAGAUCACCCAGUACCGAAGUCACCCCAUCGACGUCUACGUGGGCUUUGUGAUUGGAGCUGGCAUUGCUGUUUACCUGGCAUUAUAUGCAGUGGGGAACUUUAAGUCUAAUGAAGACACUCCCCCAAAGCCAAUAAAACAGCCCCAACCUCCACAAAAAGAUCCUCUGCGAGAGCUAACACAGCGUGGCCAUGACUCGGUCUACCAAAAAGCCCAUGCUUCUGAGAGCAAUGAUGAACUAUCCGCCCCGCCGCAUGUUGCCAGCUUGAACCGUAAGGUGCGUCGAGAGAAGGCCUCCAUGGGCAUCCUAAAGAGAGCCAGCGCGGACGUUGAGCUCCUGGCUCCUCGCAAUCCAAUGGGAAAGGAGACCAUGGUGACCUUCAGUAACACCUUGCCCCGCGCCAGCACCAACGCUAUGGAGGAGCCCGCUCAACGUCACAUGACCUUCCAUGUGCCAAUGGACUCACAGCGUUCGAAACAGUUGGUGUCCGAAUGGAAGCAGAAAUCAAUGGAGAUGCGCAGUCUUAGCCUGCGGGACGAAGAAGAGGAUGAAGCCACUGUGGAGGGAGCUGACGGCAGAGAAGGGGGAGUUAAAGAGGAGAUGGGCAUGCCCACCUCCCUUUAUCCUACCGUGCAAGCCAACAGUGGAGCAGCAGUGACGGCAGCAGGGGGUACCAGGGUGAUGAUUCCCCAAAGACCUGGUGCCCCACAGUUAGUUCACAUCCCCGAAGAAGCCACCAGACCACCACCUGUGUCACCCAAAAGCGCAACCACUCGGGCUAAGUGGCUCUCCAUGACAGAGCAAGGAGGACCAGUACCAGCUCCCAUGCCAGAACUGCCACGAUUGCCCAACCAGCCUCGGGUUAUGCAGGUCAUUGCCAUGUCUAAGCAACACGGUCCGGUUACUGUUACCACACCCAAGUCUUCUGAGACUGGCUCCUCUUGUGCCACCUCCAGCACAGGCUCAGAAUCUCCAUACUACCGCAUCCCUUCUGAGCGAGACAGCGCCAGCAUCAUCACAGUAGACGCCCAUGCCCCUCACCACCCAGUGGUGCGUCUUUCUUCAGGCAAUGGGAACACCUGGGACUGGAGGAGCACCUCCAACGGCAACACUGAGGUUCACGAGACCAGCCGAACGCUGCCCAGGCAGGACUGCUUGCGUGAUUAUCGUCCCAUCAAAACAGAGUCCCUGUGCUCAUUUACCUCUGAACCUGACCCAGGAAUCCUGCCUCCCCCACCUCAUCCCGACCUGCUGUUGGACAGCAACCUCAGCCGAGAUUCGUCCUUCCAACGCAAGUCCUCCAUCUCAUCUAAAGACUGGGAGCUUGGACAGCCUCAACCAGAACCUGACCACUUCUUUAAGAACUUGCAAACAAACAGAUCAUUUAAAGACUAACGUGUGUACUGUAGGCCAAAGCAGUGACUCUACAUACUUCUUUCUGGAGAAAACCAAUGUGAAUAUUUUUGGGUGAGAAGACAGGCUUUUUGGUUAUCUCACAUUGAGCAUCUGGGGUGGAUUAGUGCAGAGAAGCACCAGAAGGCUCACACAGACUUGAGGGGCCAAUUGUGAGUCUCUGUGAAGAAAGCAGCCACACAAAUCUGAUUAGCUCAAAGGAAUUGUCAAAUAUUCAACCAAGUGAAAUUCAAAUUCAAGCUGUAAUGUAUCAAUUUAUCACAUUUUCUUCAUCCCCAGCUUCAGAAAUGCACAGGAAAAUGUGCCACUUUUAAGAUACUCUGACACAUUGAAGGUAUUUAUCAUGUAUCAGGAUAAGGUUAACCAUAAUUCUGUUUUAGAGUUCACUAUAAACCUGGAUAUACAUUUUAUUGUACAAGAGGAACUCAUGUUGCAGUUCUUAAAUGAUUCAAUCGGAUAAAGAACCGAGUCAAUUUUAUUGUGGGCUGGAAAUAUGGGCAGGUUAGAGUUCUCAUCACAGCUUUUUGUGCUUUUUAAAGGGAUGGUUCACCCAAAAAUGAAAAUUUUGUCAUGAAUUACUCUCUAGUUGUUCCAAAUCUGUGUAAAUGUAUUGUUUCUGAUGAACACAGAGAAAAAUAUUGGGACAAAUGCUUGUAACCAAACAGUUCUCAGACCUCAUUGACUACCAUGGUAGGAAAAAUCAUAGACAUAAUAAAUAACUAGACGCCGCUUUGCUCCACUGCUGCAAUACGUCAAUGGCACCGCCAUAUUGGUGAGGGCAACAGUGCACUAAAAGACCACUGAACCCAAUGGGAGAGCUGCACUUUUUCGGCAUUAAAAGUACAAUCAUGUUUACAUUUCUUAACAUAUUUCAAUGGUUUACAAUAUACGUAGUGUACAACUUUACCAUAUCUCUAAUCGCUUCAUGUCUCGAUUAUAGCCUACUUUAAAAUUAAUGGUUGUCAUAAGGAAAUGUGAAAUCCAUUAUUUGUGCCUGUUAUUUGUGAGAAUCCACUAGAUGGCACCAUGUUCAGUGAUAUGUUAUAGACAUGACAAGCCACAGAAUAAAUAACCACGUUGCAGUAGUCAUAAAACAGACAUGUAGCCUAGAGAUUGUUUCUAAGAUUUAUUUGAAUCAUCGAACAAAACACCCAAGGUAAUAUAGUUUAAUUUACGUGUUAUAUAAAAACGAAUGUUUUUCACUGUGGAAAUGGUUUUUUCUGUAGUCAUUUUAGACAAUAAAAAGAUAGAAAGAUGUUCUUUUAUUUAUCCGGUAAACCCGUUACAGCAGUAAAACAUGAUGUAUGUGAUAUAGUAAAACAAAUAACACUGCCGUGCAUUGUAAGUAUGAAAUAGCAGUAUAUAGUCAUAUAGUAAAGACGAAUUGUGUCGAAUUUUCCCACAAUUUUAAAGUGAACGAGCUGUGUUCUGAUCACGUGCAUUUAAUCUACCUUAAAUUAUUUCACAUUAGCGAUGUGUAUACAAUUAUUAAGCCUAAACGAUUUCUUGACAAGCCUGAGUUUUAACAGUUCCGUAUGACAAUAAAUACAUCUUCAAGUCUAACCAUCUUUAACUGGAGCCUAAACGUUUCUGUACUCCACGUAAAUAGAAAAGUAUUGAAAUUAGUUGAGAAAUGAAAACGAUGUUGUGUUUUUAUCCAGAUAACUGCAGCUCCACCAUUCACUCGUAUGUCUUUGUCGUCGGCUUUUGCCCUCACCAAUAUGGCGGCGGCAUUGACGUACGAUCCGGCGUACAAUGAGGCGUCUAGUUAAUUUAUAUAUGUCUAUGGUAAAAAUGACCAUGGUUGUCAAAAGUGCCCCAGAACUGUUUGCUGUCCUACUUUCUUCAAAAUAUCUUCCUUUGUGUUUAACAGAACAAAGAAAUUAUAAAGUAAUUUUUCCUACUAUGGUAGUCAGUGGAGUCCGAGAAUGGUUUGUUUGUAAGCAUUCUUUCAAAUAUCAUCAGAACAAAGAAAUUUAAACUCGAAGGUGAGUAAAUGAUAAACAGAAUUUUUAUUUUUGGGUGAACUAUCCCUUUAAUGAACGCUUUUCUGCGUAUCAGUUUUAUGUAGGCCUAGUCACUUUCUGCUUUUUAUACUAAAAUAUACUCUUGCUUGUUUGUGUGUAUUGCAUGUGUGUUUAUUUAUGUGUCUUUUUGACCUUGAAUGGACUGUUACAUGUCUGAAGGGAUGGCCUCUUUCAUUUUGCUACCCAGUGUUGAAAUUUUUGUAACAAACUUUGAAAAAUAAAAUUGUAAUAUUAUUGUCUGCUUUUAGUCAAUGAAUCUAGUGCUUUCUGGUAAUUGAUUGGCAUUAGAAAAAAAAACCUCACACACAUUUUGCUUGAUUUGGGGGUUUAUUUGCAUAAAAGCUAUGUCACUAUUAACAGAAUUUCAUUAGAUUUUUCUUCCUUUUAAAAUGUCAUUUCAGGUGUUUAGAUUGCAGUGGGAAAUCCUGUACAUCCCAGGUUGUGGUAAUCUGUCUGCAUCCUCCACAUUUUAGCAAAAGAUUAGGAACUGCACCAUGAAAUUGCUUUCAGCACAGAUUUUCUGUGUGCAUUUGUUCCUCUUCCUUAUUUAAAUACUUCCUUUAGUGAAUUAGGUGCUAAAAUAACACAGACAGUGUAAAUAAACGCUGCUAUACGUGGGUGCAAUUCUUUCAUAAUUCCCUCCUGAGUCUCUGAAAACCAAGUGACAUUUAUGCAUUGUGUUUGUUGUUUUCCUUCCCCCUUUUCAUAAUUUAGAUCAGUUUUGAUAAAUGGAUCAUCAUAAGCCGUUUUAAAUUAUUUAGCUUUGUAAUUUUUCAUAACUUUGAAAACAGAAUCAACUCGUGCAGUCAUGUCUUUAAUUAACAGCAUGGGAGGUGCAGUGGUAUGUUUUUUAUAUAAUCAUUUUUUUAAAGGGACAGUUCACCCAAAAAUGAAAAUUCUGUCAUGAAUUACUCACUCUCUAGUUGUUCCAAACCUGUAUGAAUUUCUUUGUUUGAUUGAAAGAUAUUUGGACGAAUGCUU